CGUGUUUAGGGGCUAAUGUGGGCCUGGAGUCUUAUUAGAGUCCUGCUCGUGCAGGACAGUAAGCGUGCGUGUGACUUGCGUGUUUUAUCCUCUCUGAAGGGAAGAGGAUUUAGUGCUCAGACUCCUCGGCAGCACGAUGUAUGCGGCUUCAUUCUGGCCAGCGUCUGUGUCUGCAGCGCUGUGAUUGGGGCGAGAAGGUCACGCACACUGGCACUCCUCCGCAGGGCUCUAACUGAUACACGGUGCCUUAUUUCCCAGAGCCGAAGGGCCUACAGGAUAUUACCCGUCUCUUCCACGAUGCCCCACGCUAAACCUCAGGAUAUGGGCUCUGCCUUCAUCCAGACACAGCAGCUCAACGCUGCCAUGGCCGACACCUUCCUGGAGCACCUGUGUCUGCUGGACAUCGACUCUGAGCCCACCAUCGCUCGUAACACUGGAAUCAUCUGCACCAUCGGACCGGCCUCUCGCUCUGUGGAAAUACUGAAGGAGAUGAUCAAGUCUGGCAUGAACAUCGCUCGCCUCAACUUCUCUCACGGCUCACACGAGUAUCAUGGUGAAACUAUUAAAAAUGUACGUGAAGCUUGUGCCAGCUUUGAGCCGGGCAGCAUCCAGUACAGGCCAGUGGGCAUCGCUCUGGACACCAAGGGACCAGAAAUCCGAACCGGACUCAUUAAAGGGAGCGGCACGGCUGAGGUCGAGCUGAAGAAGGGAAAUAAGAUCAAAGUGACCUUAGACGAUUCUUUCAUGGAGAACUGCGAUGAGGAAACACUCUGGCUGGACUACAAGAACAUCACCAAUGUGGUUGAAGUGGGCAGCAAGGUCUAUAUUGAUGAUGGACUCAUUUCUCUCCAGGUCCAGGAGAUCGGCUCUGACUAUCUGGUGUGUGAAAUUGAGAAUGGAGGAACUCUGGGCAGUAAGAAGGGUGUCAAUCUGCCGGGUGCCGCAGUCGACCUGCCUGCCGUGUCAGAGAAAGACAUUAAGGACCUGCAGUUUGGCGUGGCGAUGGGAGUCGACAUGAUCUUUGCCUCCUUCAUCCGUAAGGCGUCUGAUGUGCACGAGGUGCGUAAAGUGCUGGGAGAGAAGGGCAAGAACAUCAAGAUCAUCAGCAAGCUGGAGAACCACGAGGGUGUGCGCAGAUUUGAUGAGAUCAUGGAGGCCAGUGAUGGCAUCAUGGUCGCUCGAGGAGACCUGGGUAUCGAAAUCCCCACAGAAAAGGUGUUUCUGGCCCAGAAGAUGAUGAUUGGUCGCUGCAACAAAGCAGGAAAGCCAAUCAUCUGUGCCACACAGAUGUUAGAGAGCAUGAUCAAGAAGCCUCGCCCCACGCGUGCCGAGGGCAGCGACGUGGCCAACGCCGUUCUGGAUGGAGCCGACUGCAUCAUGCUGAGUGGAGAGACCGCAAAGGGAGACUAUCCUCUGGAGGCCGUACGCACCCAGCACAUGAUCGCUCGCGAGGCAGAGGCGGCCAUGUUCCACCGGCAGGUGUUUGAGGACCUGCGUCGCUGUUUGCCCCCUUCCACUGACCCCGCCGAGGCCAUCGCCAUUGGCGCUGUGGAGGCCUCCUUUAAAAUCCUGGCCUCUGCGUUUAUAGUCCUCACUGGGUCCGGCAGGUCCGCUCAUCUGAUCUCCCGGUACCGCCCGCGUGCCCCAAUCAUCGCCGUGACCCGUAACGAGCAGACGGCCCGACAGGCUCAUCUGUUCCGCGGCAUCUUCCCCGUGCUCUACAACAAGACUUCCAACGACGUGUGGGCCGAGGAUGUGGACCUGAGGGUCAAUUUUGCCAUGGAUGUUGGUAAGGCUCGUGGAUUCUUCAAGCCCGGUGAUGUGGUGAUCGUCCUGACCGGCUGGCGUCCAGGAUCCGGUUACACCAACACCAUGCGCGUCGUCCCAGUGCAGUAAGCUGGACGGGACCGUGACGCACUCCUCUGCUGUUCAUACAUCACUCCCUUCCCUCCCGACUCCCGCAGGCUUUCAGACCGGUGACCUGAUGUCGUCAUCUUCAUCACACGUGCCUGGCUCCUCCCACAGGCCAGUGGACCACCAUCACUUAGACGUUUAUUCUCACUGCUUUCAUUUCCUUUUCAGUCUCAACCAUAAUCUCACACACAUUUAUCCAGAGCUGUCUGUCUGCAUGCCCGUGAAGCACAGACGGGUCGUGAGUCCCGAGCAAACACCUUUGCCCUCGAACAAACAGCAGCUUCCUGAAACGAGCGUGUAACUCUCUUUUAUUUGUAGUGUUAGUCUGUCAUGUGCUUUUGUGUUCACACUCCUAAUGAUGUUACAUUCUGUGUUGCACUUGUCCAUGACACCGUUUGAUUUGGGACGAGGCGACCAAUGUGCUAUAUAUUUUUUGAAAUGUUAACAUUGGGAUGUCCACGUCCGGCUCAUUUCAUUGUUUUAUUGGAGUAAGAGAACGGUAGAGUUUCUGAGAGAUGAAUAUCGAUUGAGCAGCGUCGGUCACAUUCCCAGCAUCCAUCUCUCCUGUUCUUCCCCUCAUGAUGCACUUGUUUGUCUCUGCUGCUCCUGAAUGUGUGUGAGAGUGAGUGUGAGCGUGUCUGUGUGUUCAGAUCUACCUGCUUUGUGUCGCUAGGGUGCCAGAUGUACUUAUAACUGUAAGAGUAAACUAUAGUAUCAUUCUGAAGUGUUGUAUUAUUCAAGACUGAAUUAAUAAAGGAGACGAGCACCUG